CAAUGAAAGCAGAAGAUCUCAACGCCUUCGUUAUCGUCGCCGUUGCCGUUCGUCCACGUUUGUCGUCGUAUUCGUAGUCAUCCCUGGUUAUCCCCGCCUGUGGUUAAAGUACGAAUGUCCCGCGUUCGUCGAAUGAUCAUAGUCAUUGUUGUAAGGUGAUCGAUGACAUCCAGACGCGUUUAGUCGCCGUCGCCGCGCUUUCUUAUCUAACUUCGACGAAGACAGCCUUCUAUACCAGUGCGUAUAAAGGUUGCUUCUGAACGAGGUGAACGAUCCGCCGCGCCGUGCGUCCUGUUGCCAGACCACGCCAGACGCUUCAUUCCCGGGAUUCCAGAACUUGCCUUGGCAACUGCUCUUUCGAAGACUCUAGUCUCUUUGUUGCAUCACGAUGACGAGGCUGCUCUACGUCUUUUUCAUCCUAGCCUGUAUCAAUGGCACCUUCGGAGACGGGCUCAAGUGUCUUCUUAAACCUGCUGAUAUACCAACAUCAUGGAUAGACAUGACCGAUCCGUGCACAAAACUCAUGGAGUCUCAAGUUAAAACUGAAAUGGAAGCUGCUAUGAAAUAUCUCGCGAUGGGUGCUCACUUUGCACGUGAUACUAUAAAUCGCCCAGGCUUUAGCAAGUUCUUUUUUGAAAGCUCGAGCGAAGAGAGAGAACAUGCUAUAAAGAUCAUCGAAUAUUUGCUAAUGCGUGGACAACUUACAAAUGAUGUCAGCAAACUUCUCAAGUAUCCUUUGACUACCAACAACACAAAUCCGAUACGCCAGGAAUGGAACAGUGGAGAAGAAGCUCUCACCGAUGCUUUAAAAUUAGAGGCUCAAGUUACGCGCAGUAUUCGUGAUAUAAUCAUAACGUGUGAAACUCCAAAAACAUCUUCUUUCAACGAUUACCACUUGGUCGACUACCUCAUUACCGAUUUCUUAGAGGAACAAUAUAAAGGGCAACGCGAUCUCGCAGGCAAAAUCUCAGUGUUGGGUAAAAUGAUGCAAGCGCAUGGACCUUUGGGAGAAUUUUUAUUCGAUAAGAAAUUAUUGAGUGGUGAAAUCUAAGUGUUUUGGUGACAUCAAAAUGCUGAAAUUCAGCUUGAGCUAUUCUUUUCUAUAAAUACGUAAGAUUUAUAAAAUUAUAAUGGCCACAUUUAGAAUACAUUAUAUAAUUCAGAUUAUUACAUUACAUGCAA